CGAUUUAACUUCUUGUGGAAAGUAUCAAGAAUGAAACCAGUUUGAUAUCUGCCUUAACACGAAUGAUUAAAAAUGACCGCGGAAAAAAUUAGUGAUGCAGUUGAAAAACCUAAUAGAUGUUUUGGAAUUCGAUAUGUACAAUGCGCUUUUCUUUCCAUUAUAAUAAUAACCGUGUCUGGAAUGCGCAGUAGUCUCAGUGUCGCAGUUAUAGCUAUGGUCAGCAAGAACCCUCCAAGCAGAAACAUCCCUACUUAUCCGGAAUGGGCAAGCCAGAAGAACGUGAUCUUAUCCUCAUUUUACUGGGGUUACAUCGUGUUCCAGUUCGUGACUGGAGUGGUUGCGAAAAAAUACGGAGCUAAAUAUUUACUUGGUAUCGGUAUGUUCGUGAAUUCUGUGUUCUGUUUAAUUACUCCAUAUUUUGGAUCGCAGUUCGGCUACCAAGGCGUAAUAGCAUGUAGCGUUAUACAAGGACUGGCCCAAAGUCCUCUUCUACCUUCCUGUCACAAUUUGCUAAGCAAGUGGACACCGCUCCAAGAGAGGGGAAAAAUGGGAAGUUUUGUUUACACAGGUUUUUCUCUAGGUACACUUAUAUCUAUGCCUCUAUCAGGGGUUAUAGCUUUGUCUUCAGCAGGAUGGCCCACGAUUUUCUAUCUACAUGGAGGAAUUAGCUUAGUAUGGUCGAUUCUUUGGUUGAUAUUAGGAUCAAACAGUCCUUCAACGGACAGGUUUAUAUCCGAAGAGGAGAGGAAGUACAUACAAGCUGGGGCACCUAUAGAGGAAGAAAAGUCCAUUGCUACGCCCUGGAAGGCCAUUUUUACAUCUGGGCCAUACUACGCCAUUAUAAUAUCCCACUGUGGGACCGGCAUGGGUGAUUAUACCAUGUUGUCAGAAACUCCAAGUUACAUGGAGAAAAUUAUGGAUUUCGACCUUGCAUCAAACAGUUUACUUUCUGCCCUUCCCUGUUUGGUCCAGUAUAUAGUGGGUAACCUUUUGGGUCAAAUAACUAGUCGACUGAUAGAAAAGGGUGUUCUUAGUGUGGGGAGUGCAAGGAAGCUGAGCACUGCUUUAGCAACGUUUGUACCGGCCAUGUUCCUGUUCGCGCUGGUGUUCGUGGGGGCUGAUCAACCAGAAGUCACCUUAGUUUCUUUGAUUGUUGGAGUUGGGAUGAUGGGAGCAGUUUGUUCUGGGUACUUAAUAAAUCACAUGGACAUAUCACCUGUACACUCUGGAACUUUGAUGGGAUUUGGGAAUAGUUUAGGAAAUACUUUUGGGUUCAUAGCCCCACUGUCCGUGGACGCAAUGUCUAGUAUUAGCGGAUACAACGAGACGCAAAAACAGCUAUGGAACAUAGUAUUUUCUGUAACAGGGAUUGUGCUAAUAGCGACGGGAAUAUCGUAUAUUAUCCUAGGAUCAGGAGAAGAGCAAUCUUGGAGCAAGGUUGAAGAUAGGAAGAUAUCAGAGGCCCGAAAAGCCGAUCCACUCAGGAAGAUAAGUGCUAUCGCUUCCUUGUAAUCAAAAUGUAGAAUCUCUUUUUUGUAUACCAACACCAAAUACUGUGUUUGUAACUGUGAUAUUUAUUACUAGUGACAUUUGUAAGAUUCUUUA